AGUCCCUUUGAAGAAGACUCUGUCAAUCCCAUACAAAUCACCAUAAACUCUCCACUUGCCUUGCGCUUCUGAAGCUGCAGAAUAGCUGUGUGAAAGAAAUGGCAAGUCACAGAGACCCUCGUCUGCACAACCUCUCCUACCACCCGCGAUGGGAGCACAGCUCGAUAAAAGUGAAGAGAAAAAGACAUAUACGGACAGUAGCCAGAAGCAGUUUCAAAGGAAGUAGUCAUUUUGAGUCAUUAUCAGCAUCACCGUCGUCACGAUUAUUAUCAUCAAAACCACAGCUGCCAUCAUUACCUGUAAAACACACCAGGAGCUGGUGUAGGAGCUGGUUUCUUCUGCCCUUACUCAUACUCUCACUAUUUCCCUGUCAUACCUGGGCAACCACUUUCAAGGUGGCCCUUGUUGGACCAUGGACCUGUGACCUCUUAUACUCCAAAGCCCUCCCUGACUUGGCUGCACGACUCGCCACCACUCGCAUAAACAAGGAUCCCUACCUCAACAAAGGCUACUGGUACGACUACACACUCAUCAGCGAGGACUGCAAGGCAUCUCGCGCCCUUGCUCGCUUUGCUGAGCUGGAGGGUUAUGGUGCUGCUUUCCUCGGCCCAGCCAACCCGGGCUACUGCUCCUCAGCGGCUUUGUACACAAAAGAGUGGGAUGCUGGGAUUCUCUCCUGGGGCUGCCUCAAGCCUGACAUCAAGAAAGGGGGGAUGUACCCCACUUUCCUGAGACCGCUUCCACUGUCCUCCCAUGUGCUUUUCACGGUGCUGAGAUACUUUCGGUGGGCUCAUGUGGCCAUAAUCUCAGAGGAGACGGACCUGUGGGAGGCCACGGGACAGGAGUUGGCCUCCUCACUGCGGGCCCUGGGCUUGCCUGUCACCCCUGUUGUCACAAUGGAGACAAACAAGGACGGACCUCGCAGAGCUCUGACGAGAGUAAGAGAAACGGAUCGGGUCAGAGUGAUCAUCAUGUGCAUGCCGUCCGUCCUGAUUGGUGGACAAGCACAGUACCAGCUUCUGACUACAGCCUUGGCCAUGCGCAUGAUCGACCGCGGCUAUGUCUUCAUUCCCUACGACACACUUCUGUACUCACUACCCUACAAGGACGCCCCGUAUUACAUGCUGGGCAAUGACACAAAGCUGCGCAAAGCCUACGACGGGGUCCUCACCAUCACCAUGGACUCUGGAGAACGCAACUUUUACGAGGCCUUCAAAGAUGCUCAGGACAGCUAUGAAAUACGCAGCAGCACUCCACCAGAGCAGGUCUCUCCGUUCUUUGGCACCAUCUACAACAUGCUGUACUACACAGCCAUGGCAGCCGAGCAGGCCCGAGCGAACGGAGGCCGCUGGGUAACGGGUCAGAUCCUGGGCAGCAGCGAGGGUGGCUUCGAUUUUGAAGGAUUCAAUCAGCACCUGAGGGCUGGAAAGAACGGGGAAGGGAUGCAGGCGAACUACGUGGUCCUGGACUACAGCGGCAUGGGUCAUUAUCUCUACUCCACCCAUGUUCUUCAGGCUACCCAUACAGAUGGAAAGACAGGGGGCCUGAAAUAUCUGGGCCGCUCGGUCCAUUUUGCAGGCAGCACUCCUUACAAAGACUCCAGCUGCUGGUUUAGCCCCUACUUUGCCUGUACUGCAGGCCUGGAUUCAGUUACAACAUUCUUUCUCUUCCUUGUGUUCAUUUCUUUGACUGGAUGCGGAGUGAACAUCCUGAUGCGUUUCAAGAAAGGUGGAAGAGUAGGCCUUGGCUUCGGAGGCAGUGGUUCCAAUGGUGGGUCUUCAAAAGUAGUCCUGACCCUGGAUGACCUGGUCUUCAUCAAUACUCAAGUCAGCAAACGGAAGCUAAAUGAUGAAAGUAUGAUGAAAAGCCAGGUGGAUGUGAAGACGCCGCACCACUCCGUGUCUGGUCGCAGCUACUUGGCUUCCACACCGGACAGCUCCAAUGUUGCUGUGUUUGAGGGCGACUGGGUUUGGUUGAAGAAAAGUCCCAGUGGAAGUGUAUCUGGUAUCAACAGCAGCACAGAGUGCAUCUUCGUCAAGCUCAGAGACAUGAGGCAUGAGAAUCUCAACCUCUUCCUGGGGAUGUUCUUCGACUCCGGCAUCUUUGGCAUUGUGACCGAGCAUUGCUCUCGAGGUAGCUUGGAGGAUUUGCUCAACAAUGAAGAUGUACGUCUUGACUGGAUGUUUAAGUCUUCCUUGUUAAUGGAUCUGAUUCGGGGGAUGAAGUAUCUGCAUCAUCGCGAAAUCAUCCACGGACGACUCAAGUCCCGUAACUGUGUGGUCGACGGGCGCUUUGUGCUGAAAGUGACAGACUAUGGAUUCAAUGAAAUAAUGAUUUCACAAAACAUUGACUCUGACGAGGAGAAGCCCGAAGACUUGCUCUGGACGGCUCCUGAGAUGCUGCGAAGCUCAUCUCUGAGGAGGAGGGGCACGUUCCCCGGUGAUGUCUACAGCUUUGCGAUCGUCACGCAGGAGGUCAUCUCUCGCUCUGCGCCUUUCUGCAUGCUGGACAUGCCUCCGAAGGAGAUUGUCGGCAAAAUCAAAGAGCCUCCCCCCUUGUGUCGGCCCGUCGUAUCUGUGGACCAGGCUCCGCUGGAUGUGAUACAGGUCAUGAAGCAGGCAUGGAGUGAAGAGCCAGACAAAAGGCCAACCUUUGAGGAAAUAUUCAAACAGUUUAAGAGCAUCACUAAAGGGAAAAAGACCAACAUCAUCGACUCCAUGCUGCGGAUGUUGGAGCAGUACUCCUCCAACCUGGAGGAUCUGAUCAGGGAGAGGACGGAGGAGCUGGAAGUGGAAAGACAGAAGACGGAUGCCCUCGUGGCCCAGAUGUUGCCCAAGUCCGUGGCUCAGGCGCUGAAGACCGGCAAGCCCGUGAAACCAGAGCAUUUCAGCGAGGUCACGCUUUACUUUAGCGAUAUUGUGGGUUUCACCACUAUUUCAGCUCUGAGUGAGCCCAUCGAGGUGGUCGACCUGCUCAAUGACCUCUACACACUCUUUGAUGCUAUCAUUGGGCUGCACGAUGUCUACAAGGUGGAGACCAUUGGAGACGCCUACAUGGUCGCCUCGGGAGUCCCCACCAGAAACGGCUGCCGCCACGCCGCGGAGAUGGCCAACAUGUCUCUGGACAUUCUCCACUGCAUCGGCACCUUCAAGAUGAGGCACAUGCCUGAGCUCAAAGUUAGGAUUCGCAUUGGCCUGCACUCUGGCCCAGUUGUAGCAGGAGUAGUGGGCCUCACGAUGCCUAGGUACUGCCUGUUUGGAGACACUGUAAACACAGCAUCUCGAAUGGAGUCCACAGGGUUGCCUUACAGAAUCCAUGUCAACCAAAGCACAGUUGAUGUCCUCAACGAUAUGAAGUUAGGAUACAAAAUUCAAGUCAGAGGCAUGACAGAGUUGAAGGGUAAAGGAAUUGAGAACACUUACUGGUUGGUGGGUAGAGAUGAUUUCAACAAGCCUCUGCCAAUUCCUCCAGACCUUCAAGGGGGAAGCAAUCAUGGCAUCGCCUUAGAGGAGAUCCCUGUUGAUAGAAGACAAAAAUUCCUGGAUCGGCAGAAGAAGAUGGGCUAGAUGUGAUCUGCCACGAUGAAAUUCAUUCACGGGUGAUAUAUUACACGCAGGGAACAUGUGUGAAUGAAGGGC